AUGCCAAUGUUAAAAGACCCUUCGGUCAAGUACCAAAGAUUUCAGCUGAUAAAAUUACCAAAUCGCCAAUGGCCAAGCAAGGAUUUGGACAAGACUCCUAGAUGGUUAUCUACAGACCUUAGAGAUGGGAAUCAAUCUUUACCAGAUCCUAUGUCUAUCGCCGAAAAGAAGGAAUAUUUCACCAAGUUGAUUGAUAUUGGAUUCAAGGAGAUUGAAGUUGCAUUUCCAGCUGCGUCGCAGAUCGAUUUCGACUUUACCAGAUAUGCUAUUGAAACUGCCCCUUCGGAUGUUUCGAUCCAGGUUUUGUCUCCAUGUAGGGAAGAUUUGAUCAAAAGAACCGUUGAGUCGUUAAGGGGAGCUAAGAGGGCUACGGUGCAUAUUUAUCUUGCCACUUCAGACUGUUUCCGUAAUGUUGUUUUUGGAAUGACCAAGGAACAGUCGGUCGAGUUAGCUGUCAAGUGCACGAAAUUGGUGAAAUCUUUGACGAAAGACGAUCCUACUCAAAAGGACACUAUUUGGGACUUUGAAUUUUCGCCGGAAACAUUUUCUGAUACCAGCUUGGAAUUUGCAGUUGAGAUCUGUGAAGCAGUGAAGUCAGCAUGGGAACCUUCGAAAGAAAAGCCAAUCAUUUUCAACUUGCCGGCCACCGUGGAAAUGGCCACUCCAAACGUAUAUGCCGAUCAAAUUGAAUAUUUUUCCACUAACAUCACUAAUCGUGAAACGGUCUGCAUUUCAUUGCAUCCUCACAACGAUAGGGGUUGUGCUGUUGCCGCUGCAGAAUUAGGUCAGAUGGCCGGAGCCGACAGAAUCGAAGGUUGUUUAUUCGGAAACGGUGAAAGAACCGGUAAUGUCGAUUUAGUAACCUUAGCCCUUAACUUGUAUACCCAGGGUAUUGCUCCACACUUGGAUUUCUCUGAUAUUAAUUCGGUUAUUAAUAUAGUUGAAAAAUGUAAUAAGAUCCCAAUUCACGCGAGAGCACCUUAUGGUGGUUCAUUAGUUGUGUGUGCAUUUUCUGGAUCGCAUCAAGAUGCUAUCAAGAAAGGUUUCAACUCCCAUACUAAGCAAAUUAAGGAUUCCAAGAGCAAGAAUGUUCACUGGAAAUUACCAUAUUUACCAUUGGAUCCAGAAGAUAUUGGAAGAACCUAUGAAGCUAUUAUCAGAGUUAACUCUCAAUCUGGUAAGGGUGGUUCAUCCUGGAUUAUUUUGAGAAACCUCGAAUUAGAUUUACCUAGAGGCUUGCAGGUUGAUUUCUCUAAGGUAGUUCAAUCACAGGCUGAGGUCAAGGGCCAAGAAUUAUCUAACGAGGAAUUAUGUGAAUUAUUUAAGGAAGAAUACUUUAUUGAUUAUGAAAAGGACAAGUCAAUCGAUCAAUAUUACAAGUUACUCGAUUAUUCGAUUUCCAAUUCGAAAGAAGGUGUUAGAACCAUUGAUGUCGAUUUAAAAAUUAAUAACGAAACUACUUCUAUAAAGGGUCAAGGUAACGGUCCAAUCUCGGCAUUUGCCGAUGCGAUAUGCAAAGAUUUAAAGAUCAAUCUAGAUGUUAAACACUAUCAUGAACAUUCGUUAGGAGAUAAGUCCAACGCUAGGGCUGCAACAUAUAUUGAAGUAGUCUUAGAUGAUAAGUCUACUAGAUGGGGUGUUGGUAUCCAUGAGGAUGUUUCGCAAGCAUCUUUCUUAUCUUUAAUCUCUAUAUUAAAUGGUCUUCGUAGAGCUAAAAAAGAUUAA